AUACUUUUAUUGGCCUCAUUUCUUUGAAUUUCAUAUGUAAUGUCGGAAACUUUUCCCACAACCAAAUAGGGGCCUGUCCAACCUUGUCCUAAUUUAUUAUUUAUAGCAGGGGGAUACCAUCUCCACACGGAUUCACCUAUUUUAUAUGACCUUUGUUUUAGACCCUUGUCAUAAUAAAUUUUUUGACGACUUGCAGCAAUGUUUGCUUUGUCACACACAUAUUCAAAUGUAGAUCUAAUGGCGUUCUGUACCCAUGCUACAUACAUAAUUGGACAAAGAUCAAGGUUUUUCCCCACGGGGAGGACCCACCAUAAUAUCGAUAGAUGUAAAAUCCCUGACUUGGAAAAUGACUCCUAUGCAGUGCAGGGACAGCAUCAUAAAGAUUUGAUAAAUUUAACAAUUCCGGUAAAGUUGGAUGGAAGCUACGACGAAUGCAAAAUCAUAGUCAACGGAACGCUUGAAACAUGUUCUGAGUGGGUAUAUGAUUAUUCAGUGUUUACCCGAACAGUAAAUUCUCAGGUGAAGAAGGCAGCCAAACAGAACAUCACACCCGCCACUAGCAUUGUUGAAGAGAUAAUGGCAGAGAAGUGUGACUUGCGCCAGACAGAGAGCGGUCGUCCCAAUUCAUCCCUCCUUAUUCGAACUCCCAACAGACAUCAGCAGAAGUUCAGAUCCGAGGAACCAAAAGAACUUAACUUUGAGGCAUUUCAACUUCCCUAAGCGCCUCUAUAGGGGCAGCAGAUCAGCCUCCUGUCGAAGAAGAGUCAGAAGAGUGUAGAAAGGAAGGUUGUGGCAUCCUUUUGCUUUCUGUUCAUGCGGGUGUGCCAUCCCUCCACUUCAUUAUUCGUUCUUACACCCUGUCCAAAGACACCCUAAUGACACUGGCCAGGUCGUAUCCCUGAUGUAAUCCAGUAGCUGGUUUAGAGCUCUAACCUCCACACCAUUGGAUAGUUCUUGGAAGGCAGGUUGGACAUGCUCUUCGGGAAUCGGGGGCAGAGCCAUCAGCUUGCGGAUAAAUUUGUUGAUGUGAUCUCUUUCCCGAUAAGCUACCUACAAAAGAAUUAUUCAUGUCAAAUUAGAAAAAAAAAUGUUUUUCACAUUGUAUUAUAAGAUAAAAAUACAAGAUAUUACAAGUUUUUACUAUAACUAAUAUUUUCAACAAUAUAAAUAAGAUGAUUUAAGAUGAAUGGAUUGCAUGUUUACCUGUAAUUCUAGGUCCGGCACCUUUCCAAAAACUGUCUUGGACCAUUGGAAAGCACAGCCUCCGAUCCUUACAUCAGGGAAGACCAACCGCAGUCCUUUCUAGAUCCCCCUUCAAAGUCAGCUGUGAAGAGUUGAACUUCUGGAGGUGAUUGCAGCAAGUCAAGGAAACCUUAAAGACCUAUAAAAGUCCAUGCACGUAUUUACGACCUUUGGGAGGCCUAUUCAGCAGAGGAAGUGAGCACAUCGACCCUGCUGAUACUACUCAGAAGUGUUUACACCCCUGUUUGAGUACUGUCAGAAUUGUGACUAUGAACCUGUUCAUAGUGUGAACUGUUUAAAGAUUGCAUUAUAGUGUCCGUGAACUGUGUUUCAUUUCAUAAAUUGUGAUCUGUGCUGUGAUAUCUUUUUUAAUAUCUUUUGAACUUGUGUACUUGCAUGAGUAUAUAAUUAUUGCAUAUGACCUUUGAGUUUCCCUUUAUGUGAAUGUAAAUAUUGUUAUAACCUAUUUAAAAAUGUUGCAAUGUUACAAUGUAAUAAAUGAUUAAUAUA